AUGCAGACUGGUGGGGUCACCCAGAACAGUGGAUUGGGAGACUUGGAGGUCCUGUUGGCCAAUAAAGAAAGGGAGUGGAAGGAGCUUCAUGCGAGAAGGGUUAAUCUGUUGGAGGAUUCUCUUAAAAAGGCCCAGGACGAGUGUUCUUCCCUCAGGCAACAAUACCAGAAGCUGAAAGAGGACUUCCAGUACAAUUUGUCUAUCCUGGAUGAACAAGAGAAGGAAUUGCAGAAAUAUGAUGUCAUCACAUCCAGGGCUUUGAAUGCAGAGCAGAGCAGGCAGGAGGAGCUGAGCCGUCUGCGUAUCCAGGUUGCCGUGCUGGAGGAGAAGCAAGCCAAAGAUGCCGAGGCGAGACAGGAGGAGCUGCACAUAAACCAGAACAAAGCUGCUCAGCAAAGGCUGCAGCUGGAUGAACUAAGACACUCUAUGACAGACACAAUCGAAAAGCAAAUGGAGGAGCAUGAGCGAAUGAAGUUGGAGUUCCAGCACAGGGUGCAUGAGAUGGAGGAUGAGCUCACUCGGCAGAAAGAGGAAUUGACAGCAACUUGGGAAAAGAAGCUCAGGCAACGAGAGCACCAGUUCAAUCUUAAACUGGAUGAGAUGCAUGCCGUGUUGCUGUCCAAUGAGCUCAAGAUUAAGUGUUUGUCUAAAGAGUGUGAAGUUCAGAGCAAGGCUCGAGAGCAAGAAACACAAGCGCUCAAAGCAUCUGAAGAGUUGUGUGAACAAUUACAUACCCAAUUACAGCACAAGGCUGAUUUGAAUGAUGAAACCACAGCUGUAAAGGAUGUAAGGAUCAAAGAACUGGAGCACCAGUUGAAAUGGAUGGAGAGCAAACUAGAGAAGCAGAGAGAUGACCACAUUAGGAAACAGGAGGACGAUGCCCAGGCUUUGAAAGAGAAGGAUAAGCAAAUGGGGGUUCAGUAUGAGGUUCACUUAGAGCAGUUAAAAAGAGCCGAAAAACAAAUGAUCCAACUUCAGAAUAGCAUGAAGAUUCAGUCUGCAAAAGCCUGCUCGACCCAAAAGGACAUGGAGAUGGCCUUGGAGCAGAAAAACGACACAAUAAAGAGACUUCGUACUGACGUGACUGCAGCUCAGGCUACAUUGGAGAAGUACAUGUGUCAAACAUCUCACGACAUGGUUACCAACAAAUCGGAGUUAAUAAUAUUACAGAACAGUAAUAACAAACUACGUGCCGAGUUGGAGAGAAGCAGAGACGAGAUUAACAGGUACAAGCAGGAUAUAAGUGCUGGUUUGAAGAGAGAAGCAGCCUUAGAACAGGCUCGAAUUCAGUUGGAGUUAGAGUGGCAGAAACGCUGUGAUGCUACCAAGGCUAAACAUUACUUGGCUAAUGAGCAGCUUAUACAAGAUUUGACCCAAGCCAGAGACCAGGCAAAGGCAGAGCUUCAGCAGAAAGAAAAAGAGUUGCAUGACUUGACCGUCUUGCUUCCCUCUGUUGAAAAUCAGACUGAUAAAGCAGGGCAGUGCAUCACACCAAAACCAGACACGCGAUCAUCCGAGGAAAUAAGUUCCCUGGUUGAGCAGAACAAUUUUUUGCGAGCCGUUGUUUCCCAGAUGAGAAGAGACAUGGAGGAUCUUGGUCAUCUCUUACCACAUCCGCAGACCGAAUAUGAAGCUGCCUCUCCCAAGAUGGUUGAAGCCCCCGAUGUGCCGCCAGCUACCCCGACAACUGAACCUCUUGCCAAUCAACCUGAUAUAACUGCUACAAACAUUCCAACAUAUUUGUCAGACUACACUCAGGGUCUGAAAAAGGAGAUGAGCUUGCUGAAUGAACGAUGCAGACACAUCGAGGAGCAGCUACAAGGUGCUCCAGCCAUAGGAACGCCUAAAAAUGUUAUGGGCAAUCCACAUGAUUCAACAUCUUUGGCGUGGCCAAAUGCUGAGCCUGAUCAUACCAAUGUGAGGUUUCAGAGUUCAGUAGUGCAACAGGUCCAAGAUAGGCACUCCUAUCUGUGGCAGCAGCAGCAGCAUUUGAAUUCAGCUCUUAUGGCCGGUGCUGCAUCUAGUAAUGUUCAGGGUAUUAAAAAGAACAUUGUUCUGUCACAUGCCAGGCUAAAGCAAGCAGCGUUUUACAUUGCCCGUCUGAGCAGAGAGAAGCAACAGCUCAUACAGAUAGGCAAUUGUCUUCGUGCCGCUAUCACCAGCGCUGGAUUACAGGAAACGAUUGAACGAAAAAAAGAUGACUCUAAAGUGGAGCAAAGACAUCAACAUGAACGUCUCUCUGCUCUGGAGAAGCUGCAGUACAGACUUACCACUCAGGAGCUUCAAUAUGCUGCUAGGCAGAAGGCUUGCACUGUUGCGAAACAUGCCAAUUCAACCAACAGCAGAAGGACUCACCAAAAAGGAGACCGCAACCCUUGUUCCAGAGUGCACCAGUCAACUGAUGAGACUGGGACCUCUAAAACUGCUACAAGCAGCCAGCAACAAAGCUCGGAGCUCAAGACACAGCCCAGUUCAGAAGAGUCACUGCAGUCAUUGAAAGGAAUUUGGGAGAUAUUGGACCAUGGAUUAAGUUCAUCCAUUCACUCAGAAGGUGAUAGUGAGCUCAUCAGGAGCAAGGUGACCAAGUCAGGCACCGGUGGAGUGAUGGUGACCGGUACCAGCGCUCCCAUCCACCGAGGUUCCUCAGCCAAGCGCCAGCAGAAGAAGAACCCUACCAAAGCACCGUCAAACCCACCAAAGAGCUGCAAGAAAGGAACCCUGGGCAAAAUCAGCAGGAUCAGAAACUAUAAUGCCAAAGACUAA